UGACAACAGCUUUCAAAAUUAACGUCAUUCUGGGAGAGAAUACUACAUCAACAUCAUUAACGAUUGUUUUUAAAUAAAAAGGUGUUGAUUUUUGUGCAGAUGCUGGCUCAAAUGUUUGUGGAAAAGUUAAGUCCCAAUUUGGAGACAGCCUCUAGGCUGUUGAGAAGUCCGCUUGGCCAGGCGCUAGUCUCCUUUCUGCUGGGUUACUUGGCCACCACAAAGUUGUCGCAAAUUUAUGGCAAGUUGAGAGAAGAUUCCCUAAAAUCCCAGGCAUCCGAGGAGGAAAUGAAAUUAUACCCCAAGAAUGACACUGAGCUCAUUGCCAAGGGCAACGACAUUUUGCUACUCACUCAAAAGGAACUAACUGCUUUCGAUGGCUCCAACCCAGAUCAACCCAUUUACACCGCCGUGAAUGGCAUGAUCUACGAUCUGAGUCCGGGCCGAGAAAAGUUUUCCAGCCAUGGUCCUUACUCGUUCUUAGCGGGUUGCGAUGCCAAUAAGGUCCUUAACAUUGCCUGCGGUUCCAUGGGCGUUUGUGCCCCUGAUGUGAUAAAUCGUUGGGAGCGAAGUCUCAAGGCGGAAUUCAAUGUCAUAGGCUUACUGAUUGAUGCGGAUGUGGAGAAUAUGGCAGAGGUUCCCGAAAGCAAAGAAGAAAUGACAUUUUCGGAUCAAACAAGGCAAAUCAAUUACGUCUAAUGAGAUUUUAAUGUCCCCUUGAUUUAGUUUUGCAAUAAAAUGGUAGUGAAAUCUUUUACUUCGAAAACUAAAACAGAGGGACAUUCGAAUCUGAUUAAGAGACUUAUCUGCACAUGUAGAAUAUGUUACUAUAAAAAAUUGUUUGUGUUAAAAGCUAUUUUAAUUAAGUUAACCAAGACUGCAAAUUUCCCUUCGACUACA